AUGGCUUACAUGCUUGCAGUUGAACCACGGGGUCUGAGAAGGGGACUUUGUUUGUUUUGGAAAGACAUGCAGCAAGUGGUCUUGUGUAAGUAUGCGGAUUUUUUCAUUGAAGCAGUUAUAAAAGCUGAUGUAUCAGGAGCUUUGUGGCGGCUCUUUGCUAUUUAUGCGAGCACAGAUGACCGUAUCAGACGAUCCCAAUGGCAAGCUCUCCAAGAUAGGGUGCACCGUAGUAAUGAUGCCUGUCUCUUGAUAAGGGAUUUCAAUGAUAUUUUGGAUGAAACAGAAAAGCUAGGGGGGCUCUCUCGCUCUGAGCGAAGUUAUGUGGGGCAGCCUUUUACUUGGCGUAACCGGCGGCAAGAUGUUGCAAUUUGUGAGCGCUUAGACAGGGGUUUAGCCACGGACCAAUGGGUUGCUACGUUCUCGGGUGUGACGUUACAUCAUUUGGCGGUGGUGGGCUCUGACCACCUUAUGCUUAUGCUCCACACUCAGGUUCCACCUAGUAAAUGGCGUAAACGCUUCAUUUAUGAUCCUCGGUGGGGAGAAGCUGAGGGCUGUCCGGGGGUGGUGCAGCAUCGGUGGGCACGACAAUUUACUGGACCCCGAGGGGUACAAGUGACAAAAAAAUUAAGGUGGGUACGGCGGGGUUUGCUGGAUUGGAGACGGAGUGAAUGGUGGAGUUCGAAGGCUAGUAUUGAGCUCUUACGGAAAGAUUUGUGCCAAGCAUAUUUUGCUCCUGACCUUCAUUGCGAGAUGAUUCGGCAUAUGGAAAAUAAACUUAAAGAGGCUCUACAUGAUGAAGAAGUGUAUUGGAAACUGAAAUCAAGGGUACAUUGGCUCAAUGAAGGGGAUAAAAAUUUAAAAUUCUUUCAUUCAAAAAUGGUUACUCGAAGAAGGGCCAAUAGGAUACUGGGUCUGGAGGAUACCCACAGGCAUUGGUGUGAUGGUCCAUCGGAUAUUCAUAAAAUUGCGGUUGCCUACUUUGAGGAUAUUUUUACUUCGUGCAACCCUACCAACAUUGUUGAAAUUACUGGGUGUGUUCAUCGAAAGGUUACGGCGCAACAUAAUGAAGUUUUACUACAUGAGGUAACUACUGAGGAAAUUUGGUCUGCUGUGCAAUCUUUACAUCCUACUAAAUCCCCUGGCCCAGAUGGGCGUUUACACAAAAAACUCAAUCACACUCAUAUAGUUUUGAUACCAAAAGUUGGUAAUCCGAGGAAGAUGACACAAUGGAGGCCUAUUGCUUUUUGCAACUUAGUUUACAAGAUCAUUUCGAAGAUUUUAACACUUCGCCUGGAAAAGGUUUUACCGGCCGUGGUGAGUAUCAACCAAUCGGCUUUUGUGGAGGAUCGAUUAAUAACUGACAAUAUUCUUAUUGUGCAUGAGAUUCUGCAUUCUUUGAAGUCUGAGAGUCGUGUCGGAGGGUCUGGCUUGGCACUCAAAUUAGAUAUGGCCAAGGCCUAUGACUGGGUAGAAUGGAUUUUUCUUGACGCUAUGAUGCGGCAACUGGGUUUUGAUCCCACGUUCUGUCAGUGGACUUUGGAGUGUCUUUCCACAGUGACGUAUAGCAUUUUGCUUAAUGGGGAGGCAUCACGGCCGAUGUCACCAUCUCGGGGCCUCAGGCAAGGGGAUCCUUUAUCCUCCUUUUUAUAUCUAAUUUGUGCUGAAGGCUUAUCUGCUUUGCUACAUCGUCACGAAGAAAGGGGAUCCCUUCAUGAUGAUUCUGCCAUAUUAUGUCACACUGAAGAACGAGAAGUUUAUUGCUUAAAGCAAAUUUUGGACUGCUAUGCGAAGGGCUCCGAUCAGUGCAUUAAUUUUGACAAGAGUUCUAUCUUCUUUGGAAAGAAAUGCCCAGCAAGAUUGAAAGGUCAACUGGCACAUAUCUUAGGGGUUCGGCAUAGUGGGGAUUUUGGAAAAUAUCUUGGGUUAAACGCAGAUUUUGGGGUGUCUAAACGAGGGGUGUUUGAAAUGGUGCGUAAAAGGAUUGCUUCAAAACUUAUGGGCUGGGCUGAGCAAUAUUUAUCUUCCGCUGGCAAAGAGGUACUGAUAAAGGCGGUGGCUAUGGCUAUGCCAAAUUAUUCUAUGUCAUGUUUUAAACUUCCGGUCAGUUUGUGCAAGGAGAUUGAACGGGACAUUGCUAAUUUUUGGUGGAAGGGACAUAAGGAUCGUAGAGGGAUUCAUUGGGUAAGUUGGCAGAAAUUGUGUCAAUUUAAGAAGGCAGGGGGGAUGGGUUUUCGAGACCUCCUGUGCUUUAAUCUUGCUAUGCUUACGAAAAUUGGCUGGCGGAUACUUCGGAACCCGAACUCCUUGCUUGCCAGGCUCUUACAGGAGAAAUAUUAUGUUCAAUCUGAUUUCAUGCAUGUUGUGUGUGGUCGGAAGGUCUCGUGGGGUUGGAAAGGCAUCUUGCAAGGCCGCAGGAUUUUAGAGGCUGGGCUCCGUUGGCGUAUCGGAAAUGGGGAGAAUGUUUGCAUUCAGCAGGAUCGCUGGCUGCCCACACCAUCUCCUUCCAUGGUUCACUCUCAACAUCCUGACAUGCCGUUAAUGGUGCAUGAGCUCAUAGAUCAGAAUAUGAGAUGUUGGGAUAUGGAUCUAGUGAAUCGUUGUUUUAAUCCAAAUGAAGCAAAAUGUAUCUCCACCAUACCAAUUAGCCGAUGGGGAUGUCCAGACAAAAAGGUUUGGCAUUACACCUCUCAUGGUGGCUACACUGUUAGAUCGGGGUAUGCAGUGGCACUAACUUUACGGCGGAACGGAGAGCUGGGAAGGAAAGCAGAAGGAGAGAGCAGUCAAGGGGAUAAACAACGACGUAUAUGGAAAAGCAUUUGGGGAUUGCAAGUGCCUCCUAAGAUUCGAACUUUUCUUUGGAAAUGUUGUCGCAAUGUUUUAGCGGUGAAGGAAAAUUUAUUACAUUGGGGAAUUGAUGUCGAAACUACGUGUGCUUUAUGUGGACAAGAAGGGGAGUCCCAAGAUUUUAUUGUCUGCUGGGAAAAUUUGCUGAAGAAGUACGAGCAGGUAGAGCACUGUAACGAUAUUCUACAGGGAACGGUGAUUGAGCCUCAUGUUGCUGUGGAGUGCUUUCUAAACCAGGUUCAUGAAUUUCGAACGGCUCAAAUGCAUGGGAAGCCACUCAUCAACGAACUUCCUCGUCCACCGGAAAUUCAAGCGGAGACGGUGACUUCUUGGCGAAAACUGCCGUAUGGGGUGCUCAAAGUUAACUGUGAUGCUGCUUGGGUGUCGCAGACACAAAUGGGAGGUGUAGGAUGGGUGGUGCGCGACUCGUAUGGAUGGAUGGUUCAGGCUGGCUGUAAGGGUGACAUGAGGGGUGGAUCAGCGUUGGCGAUGGAGGCUAAAGCCAUUCGAGAGGCAUUGUUGGCAUGCGUUCAGAGUGGUUUGUCUAAGCUAGAGGUUGAAUCUGAUUCUUUACAACUUAUUCGUAUGCUUGGUGGGGAGUGGAAUAUUGAUAUUGCAGUGGAAACCAUUGUAUUUGACAUAAAGCAGUUGGUGUGCCAAUUUCAGCAUUGUGUUUUCCUGUAUACCCCUCGUAAUUGUAACAAGGCAGCGCAUAAAAUUACGGCCUUUGUGUCCAGAGUUGGUGGAGUCCAUACUUGGGAUGAUUUAUGGCCUGAGUGGAUUUUUUAUAUUCUUGCCAGUGAUGUAAACCUUACUAUUCGUCUUUAA